ACUAUCAUCGUGUGACCGCGGCUCACAGACUUCUAUAAUAUAAUCUGUAUUAUAUAGAAGUCUGUGCCGCGGCUUAAUGUUUCUUUUAUUAUUCGUAUUAUUUUUCCCGUAAGUUUUAUCCGUGUUAAAUCGUCGGUUAAUAUGUUUGGAGGUCUUGUUCCUCCUCAAUCGCGAUCACGGACCAAGAUAAACUUCUAUCUAGGUUCUAUCUAAGUCCGUGAUCGCGAUAGUAAUAUUGCUUGUUCGAGAGAAGCUACGUCGCGCGCUCGUAAAAAUGACCUAAUCGCUGGUUUUGCCCCGUCAACAAGUGCUCCUGUUUUAUGGGAUGCGGCUGCAGGGUCUGGUGCUAGUCCUAGUGUUAGGGCUCCUACCAAUUCGUGAUAACAUUUUUCGGUUCGUCCGGCAAAACUACGAACGUCGGAUCGUUGUCUAAUAUUACUAAUGAUGUUGCUGACUAACCUAAUCGAAGUACGUGUGUGCCUCCAUAGUGAUCUUGGAAAAAAUAAAUCUGUGAAUUGUUACAAUAUGACUUCAGCAGAACAAGAAAUAGUUCAGCCGGCUGUGGCAGAUUUGCAGAUGAUGAAAAGUCUUAUCGAAACAUUGGUGCCUGGUGUAACAGCAUUGUUUUUAGGUCCAUGGAGUGAUGUAAACGGUCGUUUGCCAUUGAUUUUAGCAUCUAUCUCAGCAUACCUGGUGCCGUAAUUGGUGGUGGUGGUGCAUUGUUGACAUUACUGAUUUCAAAACCAGAGCUUUCAGAUUAGGAGUACUGCAAACAUUUAUAUCUUUUGGCUCAAUUAUUGGAUCAUUACUAAGUCCUGUAUUGUACAGCAAAUCGCCUACUUAUGCUUUUGCCCUAAGUUCAAUGUUCUCAAUAGCUGGCCUUCUUUACACAUCUCUUUUUCACAAAGAAACUGUUGUCAUAAAAAAAGGUACAAAUACAAAACUUUUCAACCUCGAUCUAGUAAAAAGUAUGUGGGAAACCGUUAUGAAAAAAACAAUUUGGAUAUCUGAGAUGCAUAAUAAUUCUUUCUGCUAUGGUAUUAACUUUUAAUUUAGCUAUUUUAAUAGGUGAAGAUUUGUUGAUGUAUAUGUACUUACAAAAACAAUUUUCAUGGACUUUAGAAAAUUAUAUUUUGUUUAAUGUUUAUGCAACUGUAUUAAGUGCUAGUAUUCCUGCAAUCGGGUUGUAUCUGUUGAGUACUAAACUUGAAAUACCAGACAUGUAUCUUGCUACUGCUGCAACAGGACUACGGAUUAUAGAAAAAGUUGGUUUAGCUUACUCACAAUAUACAUGGCAAUUUUAUUUGGUGAAGAUUUUUGGUUGUGUGGUAUUGACCAGUGAACCACUAGUUCAGUCUCAAUUAUCUAAGAGUUUUCCACCUGAAGAUUUAGGCAAAAUAUAUGCGUUCAUAAGCGUGAUCGAAGGUUUUGGUACAUUACUCGGUUCUACAAUAUAUACCACAGCAUAUAAUAUGACAAUCCAUAGUUUUACCAAUUUCAUAUUUCUCCUAUCAUCAAUAUUUGGCACAUUUGUUUUAAGUUUAUUCAUAGUGUUAUUAUUCUUACUUUCAAGAAGUACUUGAACAAAAGAUUUAAUAAUUAUUAACUAAUUAUCGAACAAAGAAAAUACAUACAAUUUUUUUUUAAAUGUAAGGGUACAUAUAGCGUUUUAUAUUAUUUAUUUGGUGAAGAUUUAUUUAAUUAAAAUAAAAUGUACACAAUAUUAUAUUAUAUUCAAAUACAAUACUCGCUUUAAAUUUAAAAACAUGUUAACAAAUUUUAUUUUAUUUUUUUUAUUGAUAUUAAAUUUUAAUAAAUAUAAUAAUUAUUGUAAGAUCAAUGAUUAUGCAUGACAUUAAAAACUUAUUAUUUAAUAUAUUAUAAGAAAUUCUCAAUUUUUGAUAUUCAUGAUAGAUCUUAUAUUGUAUCUGUGAUCUUUUUGUACUAUUUGUUAUGAAAAUGUUACCUAACAAAUUUAUGAAAUGUCAAUUAUGAUUUUUUUAUGAAUUUAAAUAAAGACAAUUAUUAUUAC